GAAAUUUGCAAAAUGGCGAGUCAGACUCAAGGUAUCCAACAGCUAUUAGCCGCUGAAAAAAAGGCUGCAGAAAAGGUUUCAGACGCCAGAAAGCGUAAAGCCAACAGACUUAAACAAGCUAAGAAAGAGGCUGAGGUAGAGAUAAUAGCUUAUAAAACUGAACGAGAAAGACAAUACAAAGAAUAUGAAGCCAAGGUAUUAGGGUCAAGAGGUGAUAUGGAACAAAGAAUAGAAACUAAUACCAAACAAAAAAUACAUGAAAUUGGAGAAAGUGUGAAGAGAAAUAAAGAAGUAGCUUUAACCAGUUUAUUGAAUGUGGUUUAUGAAAUAAAACCAGAACUUCAUGAAAAUCUGAAACUAUAAUCUGUAUUAUUCUUUAGAUCAAAAUAAUGUAUAACCAUUCCAGUGUGAAAUUACAAAUAUAGAAUAGUGGGUUUUUGAUAUCCUGAAACACAGCCUGUGAAUGUUUGGAGAAAAUAUUUAGCUGUAGGUUACCACAGGGUUUAAGCAUUUUAUAGCCAAUUCUAGUCCCAAAACUUAUAUCUUUAUAUACCAAUAUCUAAUAUAUUGAUUUAAUAUAGAUCAAACUUGUAUAGAUAUCUUCUCACCUAAAUUAAGCAUUGAAACUUUUAUUAAAUUGAGAUAUUCUGACAUAACAAUGUUUGAAAUACAAUGAAAUGUCACAAUUAAAAUUUCAAUAAAAUGUUUCUGUUUUUCUUUGUGUAAUGUGAAAGGCUGUGAAAUUGUUACUCCAAUCUUUUAUAUCAAGGUAUAUCAUCAAUUAUUUAUGAAAGUUAGCAGGAAAGGUGCUUUAUGUUGAUUUGUAUGGAUUUAUGUUAUAGAAUCAUCUUAUGUUAUUAAUGUAACCACCUCUAUGUUAUAUAUUAUGUUAUAAUAAUGUCUGUUGGAUGGUAUAUUGCUCAUAAUAAACUUAUAUAAGAAUUAG